GUCUGCUUGUAUACACUGCAAGUGGCUGAUAGGUAAAAUAAAUAAAAAAAUAAUUUGAUUUCUGAUUGAUCUUUAUCGCGACCGAUCGCGCUUAAUUUGCGCCAUACCCAUCGGAGAAUAUUCGGAUUAUUACUGCAUAAUAUAAUUAUAUCAUGUAUCCCGUGCAUCUUCACUGGCCCGAAGUGAAGCACGCUGCAUCAGCUACAAACCCGACUUCAACUCUUCGCGUCGCAGUGGCAAUCUGGAAUCUUUGGUUCUUUGACUACCAGACCUACGGCGGUUUCCGUCAGGAUUAUGUUAUGCUCGUAAUAAUGUACAAAUCAUAAAAGAAGGAGCGUUGUCUUGGUCCUUGAGGCCGGCGACUCUGAUCAACAGCGCAACUGCAACCGCCUUGUUCGGCAGCAGCGGUUCUAUCGUCAUCGAUCAUUCGCUAACCAAAAGCUGCAAGUGCAGACAGAGUGUGGCUGAUUAUUAUUUAUCCGUAAUCAGUGUAGUGUGGAGUGUACUGUAGUACGAAUUUUCAUUCAUUCUGCUGAAUAAUUUUUGCGAUGUCUUCCUCCGAAAAUUCCCUAUCUCAUCGCCGUCCCCCUUCCAGCUUGAUCACCGCAUCCUAUCCUCCCUUGUCCUCCCAUCCUCCGCCGCGGCCCACCCGCGAGUAUUCUUUUCCCUCCGCUGCUGCCCCUGGCAGUCAGCACCCCGGGGCCGCUCGUCCCUCGUUAAUCAGCGCCAGCACCCCGCUGCGCCCGGGGGAGAAACGGCGCGGGGUGCGUCCCCCGACUGUUAAUCCCAAUUUCAACCAGCCCCGCGGCCGUCUGACGUUCAACGCGGAGAGUGUGGAGAAUGGGAAGGGCGAGCAGCGGAAAACGGCGCAGGAGACCCCCGCCAGUGAGGCAGGCGCGGGGAGCCUGCGCGAGACGCUGCGCAAGAAGUCCGCAGUUAAAUCCCCCGAACGAGUGUUGGCCACGUUUCGCAGGCUGGAUGGGGCGCCCAUUGGCGAGGGGAAGAGUUGGGAUGAGAAUCUGCGAGGUGAAAAUGUCGAUUCUACAACGAAGAAACGACGACUGGAUUCUAGUGGCGAAUUGAGCCUGAAUUCGUCGCUCUCGCCUGGAAAAACCACGGAUUUGAUUAAGCUGGAGAAGGAAAUCACUCGUGUUACAUUCGAGCGCGAUUUAUUGAAGGAAGAAGUCAGUUUGGAACGAUUGCGGACGGAGGAGAAACUGCGCAAACACAAGCAAGACGAAGACGCUGCCAUGGCCAAAGCCGGGGAAAUGUGGUCGCAGGCGGAGAAGAUUCUGCAGGAGAACGACCGGCUGCGCGAGAAGAUGGACAAGGCGGAAACGGAGGGAAUCGCCAUGCGGAAGCAGUACGAAGAGCAGAUUGCCCACAUCAAAAUGGAGCACAUGACGCGCACGCAACAGCUCGACCGGGGUCUGCGCGAAGCGCGCAGCGAGAAUCUGCUGCUCAACGAGCGCUUCAAAACUGCAUCAAGAGAGCGCCAUGUCGCUGUGGAGGAAAAUCAUCUCCUGAAAACCAAACUGGACAAAUUGAAUCCGUUAGUGAGCGAACUGCGAGAAGUGCGCAAGGAAAACCAGAAUCUCACGGCACACCUGCAGGCAAAAGAUGGGCAAAUCGCCGACCUGACGAAUGCUAAUGCGCUGCUGGCCAACUUGCCGGAAGAGCUGAAACAGUACCGUGAACUGCAGAUUAAAGUGCCGCUGCUGGAGAAGGAAAAUCAGAAGUUGAGAGAACGAGCCGCACUUGCCCGUGCGAACGAGGAUAAAAUCCAGACCCUGGAAGAGUCCAUUAAACGCUACGAAACACGGCAGUGCCGUUUCUACGAUUUGGAGUUGGAAAACGAGCAGCUGAAGGCGCAGAUUGAAGAGUUUGAAUCCGCUGACUUGGCACAGUCUCCGUCCAAAAAGCCGCGCGGCAUUCAGCACUUACUGGAUCGGAUUGGUGAGAUGGAAUUGCGUGAGAAGAAGCUGGGUGAUGAUGUCGCCAGCCGGAACCAAAAGAUCGGUGAAAUGGCCGACCGUUGUCGUGAUCUCGAAGAGCGAAUUGUGGAGGUCAAAUCCCAGCUGGAAUUGUCGGAGAAGUCGAAGCAGAUGCAGGAAAGCCGGGCGCAGGAUUUGUCAAACAAGCUGGCUGCCGUUUCGACAGAGCGCGAUACUUUUAAAUUGAUCAAAGAAACCAUGGACCAGUCAUCGAGCCGCCGCGGUGAUCCGUCCAUCAUGGCGAAACUGCGCGAUCUGGAAGAGCGGGCCACACGCAGCCAGACCCUGGCCGAUAAUUUUGAGCAGAUGUAUAACCGGACAUCUUCGUCGGAAUCCCAAUUAAAAACCAGCUUGGAGGAUCUUCAGCGUCGCUACGAAGCGGAGACGGUGCGGGCGCACGAACAGCUGCAGAAGCUGACGGAGGAGAACGAGGAACUGCGGACGGUCAAGGAGGAGCUGGAGGAGCGGCUGGGCGAGUGGACGCUGCGGAUGCUGCGUGGGGAAUACGAUCCCACGCGGACGGACGUCGUGGUGGUCGGGGAGAGUCCGUUGGAAGCGGCGCAGAAGGAGUUCUUGGCGGAGGCGGGGAAGGUGUUGGAGGAGAAUAAACUGCGGCAGGAGAAACUCAACCAGGUGAAGAUGGGCGGCGGGUACAGUGGGGAUGUAACGGUAAAUGCCGAAGAGUUCCUGCGCGGUCCCGGCGAACAGCUGGAAGAAUUGAAGAAGCAGUUGGAGAAAGCGGAAAAGCAACGUAACCAGGACACGACUUUCUUCAAGAAGUCCAUCCAGAGUUUCCGGCACGUGUGCCGCGACCUGCUGGGUUGGAACAUCCGCUACGACGGCAACAAGAUCGUCUUCCGCGUGGCCGACGCACCGGCUAACGAGACGAUCGUCUUCGAGCGGGAGGACGAGAACAAGCCGUGGGAACUGCGCAGCAACGACUACACCACGGCCAACCAGGUCUUCGUCAACGAGUUCCUCACCAGCCACCAGAGUCCCCCGGGAUUCUUCGCCCGCAUCAUCCUCAAGAUCCUCUCCGAGCGCACGCUGAUUUGCAUGGACUCCCCCACUCCGUAAAGGCGUGGCUGAUUUUUUGUCAUUUUUAGAUAAAGCCAUUUCCGUAACAUUUUGUUGUUUAUUUUUAAGGAUUUUGUAUCGGCCUGUUAUGCAGUAUUUUGUCGGAGUGAUGCGUUUUACAUGGGAAUGAAUACCUGCGUUUGAAAAACUGAAAUAAAUGCUUUUACUGAAGUCAUCACAA